ACGAUGACUUAUGACUUCGAUAAUCUAGUUCUAAUUAGAUCAUAAGCAACCGAGUCUUAAGCGCCGCACGCUACUUCACUCUCCUUUUGUUUGAUCUAGUACAUGGUAUUUCACGUUCUGCCCUUGUCAUUACGUGUUCGACUGUAUCUCCGGUGACGGUAAGAGAAAACCACUCUUCAAAAGCAUUUCUUUAGCCCAUCAGCCAAUUUGGCUGAUCGGACAGUAUUGACUAAUUUUACCCGCCUUUGAAGCAGUCAUCGCGUGUUGAGCUCUCCUGGAAAAAGAAAAGAAGUAGACUGCGUCAAAUGAUGUUUCGCUUCAGAUAAGUUUAUCUGCUUAUUGCCAAGUGCCCGCUUAGAACUGAAGAUGAUACUUUGGUGCGAAAAAAAUGUGAUCAUAACCGAAGACCUUGUAUCUAGAGAACUUAGGAUAUGAGCCUAAAGUACUUGGGGAUUCAUCGUGAAACUCUAACGACUCUCUUUCUCAAGGACUGAAAUCUGAGAAAAGAAUUCCCCAGAGGAAAAUCCCGACCAGAUUAGGUGUAAUUUAUUGAACCAACUUGUCUCAUGGUUGAUUGUUAGCUUGUGUACAAAUCCUGUUUGACUCCGCGUAAUGGUCAACGCCCAUUCUACAAGGAGUUUCCCCAUCCAUCGACUGUUAUCCGCUGUUUUGUACCACUAGAUGAAUAUUUAUAGUCAAGCCCUAUCCUUUUCCCUCUUCAUAAUUUUUUUUUUCGGUCACCACUGCUUAAUCCUGAUUGUCCUUUCCAGUUUUCCUAUUCCAGAUUUUUUAUUUCCCAUUAGGAUGUCCUUCCUGAUUGUCCUUUCCAGAUUUUCUUCUAUGAUUCUCCUUUCCUUUAAUUCACGACCGGCUGUUCGAAUAUUGUUUGUUCCUUCUAAGAUCGAUGUUUUUCUUUGAUCUUUUCUUUAAUCGGUUAGUUCAGUAGUGUCUGAAAGGGAGAAGGCAAAUCGAUGAUCUCCGAGUAGGACGCACGGAAAAUUUUCCCGCCAAAAGGACUCCCAAAAACAUUUCCACGUUCCAUAGGUUCCUUCAAUCCCAGAAUGCGUUUGCUCCCAGAAGUCCCUGUAACCGUGCUCAGAUUGAUUGCGGUGCGCCAUCGAAGCACUAAGGAGUCUUGUGUAGCAAACGAACGGGUGAAAACUGCGGCGUAUGCUGCCUUUUGAAAACGGGCAUCUUUAAACAAAAUGACUGCACAAGAACAGAUGAAAAAGAUGCUGGACGAACUUAUGGGAACCCAGAGAGAUGGUGCCAGACCAGAAGAUGAAGUCAAGUUCUCUGAUGACCGCGUGUGUAAGAGCUACCUCAUGGGACUCUGUCCCCACGAGCUCUUCAACAACACAUGGAUCUUCAAAACUAAAAUGGAUCUUGGUCCCUGUAACAAGAUUCAUGAAGCUGCCUUGAAAGCAGAUUAUGAGAUUGCAUCAAAGAAGAGAGACUAUGGUUAUGAUGUAGAUCAAAUGGAACACCUUCAGUCUUUCAUCAAGGACUGUGACAGAAAGAUCCAAAUAGCAAAGAAAAGGCUUGAGGAGACCCAGGAUGAUCACGACAAUGUCCCUGAGGCCCAAGCAGUUCAUGACCUGGCUGAUCAGAUUGGAAAAAAACUUGCCGAAGCAGAGACUGUGGGAGCUGAGGGCAAAGUAGAGGAGUCAAUGGAACUUAUGAAGGAGGUGGAAGACUUAAAAGCAAAGAAAAAAAUGGCAGAGGAUAUAUAUCGAGAGUCACUUCCUUCAUCCUCGCUACAGCAACAAAAACUGAGGGUUUGUGAGGUGUGUGCAGCAUACCUCAGCUUGUAUGACAAUGAUCGCAGGUUGGCUGAUCACUUUGGAGGAAAACUUCACAUGGGUUUCAUCAAAAUCCGGGACAGGCUGAAGGAACUGCAGGAUGGAGUGGCUAAAAAGCGAUCUGAGAGAGAAAUGGAGAGGAUACGUCGUCGCGAAGAAAGAGAACGCGAGCGGGAACAAGAGAAACGCGAACGAGAAAAAAGAAUGAGGGGGGAAAGAGAUCGGGAUAGAGAGCGGAGCCGCCGCCGGCGAAGUCGAAGUCGUAGCCGAAGUAGAGAGAGAAGGAGAAGAAGAAGGAGCCGUUCACGUUCACGAUCCCGUUCCAGGUCACGCUCACCUUCAUCUAAGUCACGCAAUAAAAGUAGGCAAUCAUAUCGCCGCUCGAAGUCACGCUCGCGAUCUGUGUCUCCAAAGAGGAAAUCUCCACCAACUAAAUCACCCAGACAAACACCGACAAGAUCUCGCUCAAGAUCACAAAGCUAGUAUAUUAGCUACCGUUUAAACGCCGUGCAUUGCAAAGCAACCCUUCUGCCUAAAAAAGUGUGUAUCUUAGUAUACCUAGCCGUGUUUAUCUCACUGGUUAUUCGAAACUUAGUUGUGUUAUACGGGAUUAUUUUUAAAUCUCAAUUGUGGCAAAAUGCUACAAAAGCUAACUUUAGUCUCUCUCUUCUAAAUGCCUCCUCUUCCUCUUCCUCUCCCCCUCCCUCUACCCCUCCCCACCCUGUCCAAGUUAUUGUUUUGAUGUCUUUUUCUUGAAAAGCCCAAACUCAUUGUUGAUACAGUAUUUGAUAAAGUUGUGUCGUCGCGACUAGAUUUUUACAUUCACGUGCUUAUGUGUCGCAUGAGUGUGUAAGUGCCUUCAACUAUGUUCAGUGAAGGUAUUUAGUAUUAAUGUAGUAAAGACAUGAUUUUAACAUUACAAGAAUAAAUUUAUCAUCACCGUUACUCCA